AUCAUCUUUUGUUAUUUGUUCACCCGUGGACCUCUAAAGCUGCCGGGAAUUGCCGCUUGGCAGUUGCCACAGAAAUUCUGCCAUUGACAAUUUGACAUCGACAACAACACAAUUGAAUUCAUCGCACCGAGUCUUGUGGAUGUAUAAAGUGUCCACACUUUUUGGACAUUAAAUUCGUCUGGUUUCGUAGCAUUUGCGGUGCCGUCCUCUCAAGUACACGACUCCUUCGAACUCGACUUCGACCGAACAAGUAUGCCAACCAGUGAUCCGAUUCAGUGCGCUGCUCCUACGUCGGAGGAUGCAAUCCCCCGUACUCGGCCUGUAGGAGAAUCCAGUCAGGACGCAUCGUUUGGUGAACAAACCCAAAGUGAAACCACACUCGACAUCCCAACACCGGUGUUGUCGAGAGAACCCCCGUCGGAGCCUCAAGAACCACCUUCUCGCUCAUCAGCUCCGUCUCCUGCUCCCACUGAAAUCAUUCCCCUGGACCUCACACAAGAGGAAAUUGUAGAAGAAAUCCAGAAAAUGGGAAUAAAAGUUCGCGAUUUUGCUCAUGAGGCCGUCCCCAUUCCGCAGCGCGCUGCCGAGCUCUUUGAUCCACUGCAGGCGUGGAACACGUACGAGACCGUAAUUUCGCACCCCACUAUGAUGCGACCAUGUCUUCCAGGGAAAAUAACGCGUCGCUUGCUUGAUAUUGGGUGGCUUAAGAGGGAAGAGGAAGAGGAGCGAUGGAGUAACAAAGACAGGGAAGCGCUUGAAGCCUACGACAAACGACCACAUUACCCAUGGCGCGCGUACAACCUUCCCAAACCCAAGCGGGAAGCGCUUGCUAAGACGUGGAGAACGAGGUUUCAAGAGAUUACUGCAGAACAAAUGCUAGCGACGAUUUCCAGACCCUUCUCCCGGUUUAGGGCGCCUUUUGAUUUUGGCGGAAAUGUAGAGAAAAAGCGUAGUGCCACUGAUGACCAAGAGGUGCAGGAUGGGGACGUUUCACCGCGAACCAAAAAGCAACGGUUGGAGCAGCAAAACGCAGCGUCUUUGGCACCAACGCUGAGCCAGCCACCUGUUCUAAUUAAUGGUCGGCCACCCCAACAAUACCCAGCCGGUAAUCCUGCAGACAUGCAGAAGCCAUCCUCCUCUUUUCAACCGACUUCUACCCGUACGCUCCAGCGCGUGUUGUCCUAAAUUAUGCUACGUUGACAUGAAUAGCCCGCAGCGAUUCUCACCGCGUCACUCCCUGCCGUUCACCUUUUUUGACAAUAAUUGCCACUACGCAUCACAAAGUAAUGUUUGUGACUGUAUUACUGAUAUUUUUACUUGCUUGGGAUGAGGUAUCUCCGGAGAUUGUAGCAUUACUACUUAGCUGUACUCCGUGUUCCUUGUAAUGUUCUUUCGCUCUAUUUACUUUCCAAAGUGAAAAUAGUCAAACAGACACGUGAUAUCCAUUC